CCAGAGGGUGAGGGUGGCACAGCAUCCCUCUGAGUCCCUGAAAGCAGUCACGCUCUGAGCCUGUCAGUGAAUAGAGCUUUCAGACCAAAAAACAAUCCAGACCAGAGACAAACAUAUCUGGGCUGAACGCUACGAGGGGAAGGAGGUGCGUUCAUAAUUGAUUUCCUCCAUUAGUGAACUCGAUAAACUCAUGAGAAACGUAUUAAUAAGUGAAAUAAAAAUGAAACCAAUUUAGAACGCGGGGUAAAUAUUUCAGGGUGUUAUAUGAACGCUGAAGGUGUUAUGAUAAUGAACGCCACGUCUAUAAUCUAUUUCCUGUGAACGUAGAUAUUAUUGAACGCCUUAUGAGUGAGGUGAACGCCAAGCCUAUAAUCUAUCUCCUGUGAACGUAGAUGUUAUUGAACGCCUUAUGAACGUAUAACUCCCCUGAAAUCUAUUAGACAUGUGAACGCGCUUAUUCCUGUGACAAUCCCUCGUAAAAUAAGUGAACGUGUCUAACCCUUGAAGAAAGUGAACGCCCCCGCUGAACCCCAGACAACAACAACGAAAACAACAAGGAAGGUGAGGAAGAAAAACAAAAGAAGAAAGAAGAGGAGAAGAAGAGGAGGAAGUGAAGAAGAAAAAGGAAGAAGAGGGAUAAAGAUGGGGAAGAGGAAGACCAUUGAUGAAGAUUGGGAGAGGGAGGAACUGGCUGUCCCUCUCCCUAUACAAACCUUCCUGUGGCGCCAGAGCAGUCCUUUCAUCAGACCAAAAUUGGGGAAACUCCACGAAGCUACCUGUAUGUUCUGCCAGACAGCUCCUAGUCACCACGAGAUCAAGGAAGCCUCCAAGUCGCUGGAGAAAGUGUUGGUUCAGAAUAUUCUCUUCGGUCUGUCUCCCUCACUGACCGAUGCUAUUAAGAGUAUUCCAAGAUGGCGGUUCAUCCAGGCAGCCGUCCCUCAUGUUAUGCACUGCGCUGCCUCCCUUCUCUACAACAGGCGAGAGUCGACCAUCACCAACUUGGGGGCGGCGGAGACAAAGCUGCUGUACACUUUACACUGGAUCAUCCUGGACGCCGCUGAGGAGUGUGCUGACGCUGACCACGAGAAGGGCAUCAACAAGGCCAACACCUUCCCCUACCUCUUCUCUAUCGCUACCAUCCAGGUCUUCAUCUACCUCUUCACACCUCUACUACACACGCUGAAGGAAUCUGACUUCCAGAAUUUCCGGCUUGAAAAUGGAUUAAAGAUCUGGACGGCCCUGUGGGAGUAUAGACACCCGGACGUCCCUGCCUUCACCACCCCUGUCAGACCUCGCAGGCAAGUUCUCCGGGCUAAGAAAGUGAGACGCUCCAACACCCAGUUCGGUGACGUGUUUCUCGGCGGUGGAGCUGGUCGAAUAGGUAUCAGCCCUGACGACGACACACUCCUGUUCCUCUUGAAUGGGGGAAAGAGUCGCUCCAUCACACCUCCGCCUAGUGACCCUACGUCGUCCUCGACAUUGGACUCGAGGAUCCCAGAUGCUGCCAAACUGGAGGAGGAGCUGCGGCUCCUGAGUGGAAAUCGUGAAGCAACCUUUCCAGAGACCAUCCCAGAGGAAACGUCUAGCACUGAGGAGGAGCAUGUGGUGAUAUUCAGACUUGGCUCCUACCCUGACAACGAUGGCAAGGAGUCGCACGUAUACAAGGCUGAACAUCCAUCAUCCUUCCUUCGUCCACCCACUGUGGAGAUCAGUGACACCACCACCUCCCCGACACAGCCGCCAUCCGUCGCCGCGUCUACACCCACAGAGUCCCAAACGCCGAGGCUCAAUGAAAUCAAUUCUUCUGCCAAGACCAGUGUGUCGGGUCCAGGUGGUAAGCCCAACUCUCUCAUCGACCCAACUUUGGCCACUUUUCUUGACGUUGCUGUUCUUCGCUGCUUGUUUGUACACCAGUGGAUGGAAGAAGGUGUAUAUUGGGCCCUUAAUUUUAUCUACAGAAGAGCGCAAAGACUACAGGAUAUUGGCGAGGAGACGGGGUAUACUAUUCCUCCCAGGCGUCGGAGCAACUCUCUUCCCAUUCCCAAGAUCCAUGUAUCCCUCCACUGUGACCAGGCCGAGGAGAGGAAGCCCAAGGAAGGACCAGAACAGAGUGAUCAGUCCUCGUCGGAUUAUAUUAGUGACUCCGAGACCUCAUCUCGGAGCGGACAGAACUCGAGCGACAUGAGCAUCGUCAGCAAGUCGAUCAUCCUCCCUUCCUCCUAUCACCACCACCAUUUACCACCAGAGGGUGCUGGCGAGAAGCUCCUCACCACACACCGAGAUAGAAAAUUCAAGUUCUUCCCCAAAGGCAGUGUGCUCUCUGUCCGCGACUUCUUUUGCAAGGAGAAGGAAGAGUCCGAGACGACAAAGCUGAAGAGAGAGAAGUGUCGGCUUUUCCUUGAUCUGAAUUCACCUUACCUGGCAGAUCCACCGUGCCCUCGGCGAGAGGGUAUGUCAAGCUCUGGGGGCAGCACAAGGAAGAAAAAGAAACUUACUGAGCUUAGAGCUUUUGUUGAGACUAAGCUGAGGUCAUGCUCAGAGAAAGCCCUUGAGAAGAUAGGUCAUGAGGACUCGAGGAGGUCAUCCGUGUCUGAGGAACCGCCUGGGGCAGGGGGGGAGUUUGGUGGCAGUUCUUGGGGCAUCGACGGAGAAAAGUCGCGGCCACAGUCUGCCUUGGAUAAGUUUGUGGAGGAUCACCAUCAACCGUGUCCUCCAUCACCAAGAUUUCCCCCAAUUGGUCUAGUUAAGGGCAAGAGUAUGCCAUCCCUCAGCAGCCUCAUUGAUGAGCUGCCGUGCCUGGGGUAUGUAGGUGAAGGCCGACCAGACAGACGAGCCUUCCCCCAGAUGAUAGGGGCGACUCACCCCAUCAUCACCGUCACCCAGCACACGCCGUCUCCCAGUGAGCACGGGUGGAGGGACCAGGCAUCACAGAGCGGAAGCAUCGAAGGUCACGUCAUAUACCAGAAGCCUCCACUGUCGCGCUCCCAGACGGACUCCAACAUACAGUACUCACACGAGGAGGCCGUUGAAGUCCCAGGGUCAACCCACUACAUCACCCGCGACGGUCACAUCAACCUCCACGUUCUCCUGAAGGCAGCACAGUCUGUAGCUCAGCGCGACGCCCACGUUUGUUCUCUACGAGUGUGUGAAAUUCUUCUCCACCUCCUGGACUUCCUGUUGGACUUGGGGCUUCUCAAGACACCAAAACGAUGGGAGAAACUGGACAAAGAGGAAGGAGAAGAUGACCCCAAGCCACCACAGAAGGACAAGGAACAGAAGCAUCACUAUAUAUUUAUGGACACAAUUAUCAGGAUUUACCGACACCUCGGAUGUCAACAUGGAUGUAACGACGGACACCGGGGUCCGCCGGCUGACUUCCUGAGGUACACCGGUCAGGGCCUCUUGGCUCGACUGUACCGCUCCGACCAGAGUGCCUUUAGGAAGUACCUCAGGAUGUACGUCAAGACCAAAACAAUGAUGGAAAUUCUGGAGUUUUUCCACGCCUUCCUCGGCUUUUGUGUUGACCCCGGAUCACUGCUGUCGCCCAUUAGUCAGAAGAGGACAGGCUCAGGUAAAGGUGUUGACAACCAGCAGGGAGGAUAUGCCACCAACUUUGGGGCCUCACUUGGUGGUGCUGGCUCCAGGGGCAUUGAGGGACAGCUGGUGGCUUCUGUGUUUAAGGCUCUGGUGUCUCGGUUUGUUAAGUCAAGCAAAGAAUUAAAGAAUCCAGAGAAUAUGGCUGUGUACUGUGAUGUGCGCCAACUGUUGGGAUACAUCAGGGAAGGUCACGGUGGAGUGUUCCGCAGGGUGGCACUGUCAGGUCUCAUCGACUCUGCCGAUCGCCCUCACAAACAUAGGCAGAAGCUACAAACUACCCGAGUUGUCAGACGUGUGACGGUGGAGGAGGACGCAUAUCGGGAUUCUCCUCCGACCAUGACCGAGGAAGGAGGUGAAGGUGGUAAAGGAAGGAAAGGACUCUUCAAGAAGAAGUCCACAUCUUCCUCCAUUUCCUCAGUCAUGAGAAAAGCUCCCUCAGUUAGCAGUGUCUAUGAUGACCAACAAGAGGACUCUCCAGGUGGCCAGAGUCCAGUGUCAACAGUACGUCGACGUCACACUCAGAUGUUGGCAUCUCGACCUUUAGAGUACGACCACCUUGCACCAAAUGCCCAUCCUAAAGGCAGAAGAGUAUCUAAGUUUGUGAGUUGGCUCAGGGGUCGAAGUAUGGAUGGAGGAGGAGGAAUUAAUCCAUACCUCGACGAGCAUGUGGAGCUGCCCCCAGCCCUUGCUCGCCGCCUCUCCCACUCGGCAUCACACAGCAUCUCCCACGGUCUGGCCGGUGGUGUUACCCGGCCAAGACUGAUCACCAAGCCUGGAGCCGGACCCAUGGGUAUCAGGCUGAUGAUGGUGCGUCGUAGGGUAGAGGACCAUGUUGGGAGGAUCAGCUUUGGGAAGGGGAAGAAGAAGGACUACAGUUGUGAUGAGACACCAGACCCAAGCCGGAGGAACAGUCUUGAUCUAGACGGAGGAGUGCGAGAGACAAGUGUAGUUCUUGUGAGGGAAAGAAAGCUGGUGCCUAUGGACCUUGUGAGGAAUGGAAUGUUGCGCUUUAACUUCCUGCUGGAGACCUGCCAGCCUGGCUCUGUACCAGACCCACAACUCAUAGCUGCUGUGUUGGACCUGCCCGGUGCACCAGUGGUAGCCCGCGCUGCCUUCCUCAUGGAGAUCGCUCACUUCAUACACCGCUGUAACCGUGGUGCUUGGCCAGCUUGGAUCAAGAUGUCCCUACCAAUGUACCGCCCAUCAGUUCCUCUCAGUCGGACUCCUCCUUCAGGAGCAAGAAGGAUGAACAUCCUUCAGCGUGCUGCUGGCAGGAUGUUUUAUCAGUGGGCUGAGGCCCUGGGGACACGCCUGGAAGAACUGCUGGAAGAGUCUGGACCCACAGUGGAGGAGGUCGUGUCCCCUAUAACAGACACGGAGACUCGUCGUGCCCUCAGAGCCAACGAUGAAGAAGAAGACUUCCUCGAUGAAAUUAGUGUCAACCCAGGAGGAGCUGACUGUCCAACAGCCCUCAAGCUGGUGGCUGUGCAGGUGUUGCUGGAGAUCACUGCCUUCCUCAGGGAGACAUACACAGCCUUACCAAAGUCUUCCAGGUUAUCCGUUCGUGGUGAGCGACAGUCUGGUUGGGGUCCUCCUUGUGGUGGGUUGGGACUAGGAAGGGACCACGCCCGGCGAUGGUCCAUGGCCCUCUCCUCCAUGGGGUACUCCCACCCUUCUGCCCAGAGCCUACAGAGUAUCGGUGAAGGCCAUCCAGCUGGAUUUACCGGAGAGCGGAAGAUCAGCUUUGCCCUGCAUGACCCUGACAACGUAAGCCUCGGGAGCUCCAACACCACAGUCACGGUACAGAGCGGACAAUAUUGUGAGGAAGAGCGUAGGAGGACAGUGCAGUCCAGCCGUAGCCAUCACUUCCUGAAGAAGGGUGCGAGCCAUAAUUCAUCCUUUAAACGUCGCUCGUUCAAGUUAAGCAGAAGAAGCAAGGAGCCGGACUCUGACUCCAUCAAGAGGUCUGACAGUGUCAGGUCACGGAGGAAAGUGUCAGCAGUUAGUGAACGAUCUGAUACAUCUGAACUUUUGGAACAGGAGGUAUCUGGUGAGGAGUCCCCUGGAGUACUGAGUAAUGAGGACCUGCCAGAGAGCCCUACUGAUGGAGACCUGGACGAGGAGAGCCUUACAUCUAACAUGCCCUGGCUGAAGAUCAUAGUGAGAAUGUCAUCACUGUACAAUAUGACUUGUACCCACCAGACCUUCUGUCACCCUCACUGUUACAAGAGGAAUAUGAGAGCUUGUAGGAGACUCAUGCAUGCUGUCAGGAAGAUGUACGGUGAGGAGUUUGAGGAGCAGGAGGAGGAGGCGGCGAGGGUCGCUGACGGAGGCCGCGACAGUAAGAAGGACAAGAAACAAGGGAGGAAGGCGUCGGAACAGGGUCACAGCUCCCCACUCAAGAGGAAGGAGAGUUUUGCACGUCGGGAUAAGAUCGACCGUAGUGUGGACAUAUCAGCGGUGUUAACCCGGCUGGGCCACCAUCAGGGGUCGGCCGUUCACCUCUCCAAGGACACCAUUGACACCGAUGGUGAAGGUAAAGAGACGACUAAAGACAGCAGCAACAAGGAUGAAGAGAAAAAGAAGCCAAGAAAAGGAGAUACAAUGAUAAUGAAGUACAUGAAGACUCAGGUGAUGGGGUUAAGUCACGCACCAUUAUCAGUUGUGUGUAAGGCCGUGGCGGUGAUGUCAGAGGACCUACUGCUGGACGUUGUGCCUCAAGCCUGGGAGUUACUUCUGGAACAUGAUAAUGAGGUGACGGCAACUGCGGCUGUCACGUUCAUCCUGGCAGGUGUGCGUGUACCAAUCUAUGCCUCUGAUGUUAUGACUCGCGAGCUGACUCACCCAGAUCCAAACACUAGACUCAAUGCCAUUCUCAGGUUUCAAGUGUUGUGGCAGUCAAGGUACCAAGCUUGGCCACGGAUGGAAGAGGGAGCUCAGCUGACGUUUAAGGUGCCCCCCCAUGGGAUAGAGUUCACACUGCCAUCCCCCAAGAUAGGUGUAGAGUCUCUGCCUGUGGUUGACCCUCCCUGGAUGCCUCACUUCAAGACCAAUGUGGAUGAAGUUACCGUCAACCAAAUUCAACAUAGAUCAUUUGUGACAGCAACAAGGACCAGACGGAAGCUGCAGGCAGAGAUGCUCCGCACUGCCUUGGAUGCUGAGGAAAAGAAACGUCGCAUUGAACGUGAGAACUUCCUGCUAACUACUGUCCCCGUGACCAUUCAAGCGGCCUAUGAACCAGCGCUCCACCACGUGUCUGCUGACGAUCACGAGGAAGAUUUUGCAGGUGAGGAAGCGGAGGCCGAGGUGGGUAGAGGAGGAACUCACCAUGUCUCAGUAGCCCAGCAGCUGUUUCCCUCAUGCCUGUGUUCUGCUGUUCUCACCAUUAUACACCUCUUGGAUGACCCAGCUGUUACUCUUGAUGGUAUUGCUGUGUAUGAAGCAGCUCAGCAGGUGAUCUGGUCAUGUCUGGUAGAGGACUCGGCCUUGUUCCUGAGGUUCUUCUUGGAGAAACUAACUCGGGAACGUCAGGAUGUUAUGGUUCGGCUUCUUCGUCGUCUGGUUCGCUUCAUACCCCGGCUGCCUUCUCAGGCAGCUUUUGCCCUCUACAACUACAUGGUCGGGUAUGUGAUGUUUUAUGUAAGGAGUCCACAGGAGGCGUCACAGGACCACAUUGCCUCGGCUUUAUCUAUACUCUGGACAGUUGUUCCCAGCAUCCAGGGGAUACUCUUUAAAGACAUUAAGCAGAUUUUCCGGAAGGAGCAGUGCGACUCGGCCCUCUUAGUCACGGCAAAUGUUCCCUCGGCCAAGAAGAUAAUCGUACACGGCCCGGGAGGUAUUGAUGGUGGUGGCAUUCCUUCUCAAUUCCCCAUCCAGGAGGACACCCAGUUUUGCCAGAUCCUGCAGGAGAGUCUUGAUUUCUUUGGUAUUCUGGAGAACGACCAAAAGUACUACUUCCUGGUGGACCACAAGACUAAUCAGAUUCACAACUUGCAGUCCUACGUCCGUGACUUCUACUUCUUCAAGAGAGCUCAGUACCCACAACUGCUGAUGAUUCACAUGGAACCAGAUGCUGCCUACGAUGCCUUACAGAGACAGGCAUUCACCCUGAAGUUACUAGAGAUCGGCAAAGUUCUCAUGGCUUGGUCUAUCCUGAAGCGACCUGAUCAGGUGGCACAGCGAGUGUUCUUCUUACACGAGGAGUUGACUAAAUUACCCUCCUUCCCACGUAAAGCUCUGGAGGCAGACUUCAACCUGUACAAGGGAGGUGCUAUGGGAAAGGAAGUGCGAGGACUAGAUCAACUCCAUAAGUACAUGUGGGUACAACUGGUUAACCGGAUGUUUGAAGGUAUGGCUGGCAACCUGACCUACACUACUGACCUUCAUCUCUUCCUCAAUGUGAUCAAUGGAGCUCUUCUCCUCCACUGUGAAGACUCCUCCAUGUUGAGGCUCUGUAUGGCCUCUUACAUCAAUGCUGCUCACCACUUCAAGAACCUUUUUUCUACUAAUGGGUAUCUACACAUCAUGCCAACCAUCUUGCGAGUAUACAGCAACUACCAGAGCAACAAGAUGGUGGUGAGCGUGGUGGAGUUCAUAGUGAAGCAGCUGUACAUUAUGCACCGUAAACCCUUCAUCCUACAGAUGCUGGGAUCUGUUGCCUUAAUCCUGGAUAUGGAUGACAUGGCCAUUUAUGGUGAUGCCAAUAAGAUUCAGCCACGACGUCUGUUUGAUGUAUUGUUGUCCCUGGAGUGUCACCACGAGGACCCUCUUCACAUCCUCGACCUUGUUACUGUUGACAAGCCUCUCAGAGCACUGGACUUCUGCUACCAUGAAGAAACUGACUCGGUAUCCCUCCUGGAGGCAGUGGACAUGUGUGUGACGGUGGUGGCUUACUCUGCUGACUCCAAGAGAGGUCAUCAGAUGCUGAUAAUAUUGGAAGCCAUCUUGGGAUUAGUGCUGCGGCAUCUCCAGGCCACCGCUGGACGUGAUUUACGUCAAGAGAAAGAGACCAUCCACCACAUAGCUGUAGCGAUGAAGACUCUCGUCUCCAACUGUGAGCCACUGGCCAAGAACUACACAGGUCCCCAGAAGUCGGCCGGUGAAGGCAAGGGAUCAAGUCGAGCCACUUACUCCAAGACCUCCAAGGCCUACAAUCCUGCCAUAGAAGUUGAUGACGACUCGCACUCCAAAUACAUGAGUGACUCCAAGAGAUACCAAGCUUAUGAGAGAGAUAUGGAGGAUUCUGAGGCACUGCGACACGACUUCCGUCAGCCCCGCGAUACCCUGCUGCACGUGGUUGCCGAGUUCCUCACAACGUGCUCACUGAGGCUGGCAGAGAUAAACAAGAAAGCCGGACAAGACAACAAACACGCUGACCUUCUUGAUACUAAAUGCCAUCUACGUCUAGCAGAAGUAGCUCACAGCCUCCUGAAGGUGGCACCAUAUGACCCGGCUACCAUGGGCUGCCGAGGACUCCAGCGCUACAUGAACGAGAUCCUCCCACACCCUGACUGGUCCCACGAAGACCUCAGACCAGCUCUCGUUAACAUUCUCAGAAGACUUGAUAAAAUGUUCAAUAAGAUCGCCAAGAAAAAUUCAAUAAGGCGUUUGACAGAUUGGGGUGCUGCAGCGAACCUGUUGAAAGGCGUCUAUACAACACUGUCCAAGUACCCAUACAUUGCUCAUCUGCCUCACCUCAAGAUGGUCGUCCAUGUGUGUCAGUCACUGAUACUAGGGGAACGUGUAGGAGACUUGGAGGGUCACUGUGUUGCUGCCUGGACUCACUCUCCUCCUCCUCGCUUCUGCUCCAUGGUGGUCAAGAUCAUUGCCAUGCAGAUCUUGGCUCUUGGGAUGUUCAGCGAUGUAACUGGGGUGACUUAUUCUCUGGAACAAAUCUGUGGUGGGUCGUCUCUCUUCCCAACGCCCGACAAGACUGAGAACAUGAUCAUGAACCUCCUCCUUCCUCUGUGUCUCCGUGUUGGCUGUGGACGUAAAGAUGCUCCCAAAAUGCGACAAGCAGACAUUAGUUUUGCUCUUACGGUCGUUCUCCACGCCAUGAAUCCACCGCUGGCAAAGAUCGUACCUCUACACGGUCCUCAGGCUAAGGUCGUCCCGGGCUCUGACCCUCGUUCCCAGUCGUGGUCUCACCAGCAGCUUGAUCCUCGCGCUUAUCCUAAAGUCAAACCGACCAUUCUACGUAUUGCUUUCCUUGGACUGAAGGUGAUGAUGGUGUGUUUUGAGAAGCAGCUGUCCCAAGACUGGCACCGCGUCCUACACUGUCUGCGGGACAUGGACACACGCGGUGAAGGGGGAUUGGCUCUCUGGGACUUCUUAGACUUUGUUGUAUCUUUCCGCACGCCUCUCUUCAUCCAGAUGCGACCAUUCAUACUUUUAAAGCUUCUUCGUAAGUGUACAGAUGAAGGCAGCGAACAUUAUCAACUGAUCAUACACGAUCGUGUUCACGGCUGGUCACUGCCACCUCCACGAUGUAGAGGGUCACUCCUACUUGACCUCGCUCACCAGGUCAAGCAGCUGAUGGAGGAAGUCAUCACUGCUAAAGUAUCAGGAGAGCACGACGUCCGCCCGUCUGCACUAGAGAUCCAGAGUGAAGUGUCUCACGUCUCUCGUCGACCCAGGUUAUCUUACGCCGGCCCUCCCUCCGAAUGCCCUACACGACCCCUGACCUCUCCUCCCCCUAGGUCAAAAGACUCUCUGCGGCCUUCCCCGCACGCCACUUCCUCUGAGCCUCGCCUGUACCGCAAGACUUUCCUCCUACGCAAGCGAGGCUCUAAACCCAACCUGCAGGCGAGCAGUGUUCCUGCUCUCCCCGGUGAGGAUAGUAGUGUGUCGACACCAACAAGCCCCGGUGAGGGUGGGAUGGUGAACGGCAGCCAAGAAAGUGUUCGUAGUGGUGUGCGACCCAGACUACAACGUCAGAUGGCUCAGUCCAGGAAGACUUUCAGGUUCCGCAAAAGCAAACACGGACAUGCUGAGAUGCAAGAGCGACAACCUCAAGUUGCACACAUUGAUGUUGAGCCGACCCGCCUGCCACCUGUGACAGGAACACAGAUAGUAAGUGGAGAGGUUCCUGCCCUCAGAGAACUCUCUGUGCCUCUCAUACCCGAGGAUGAAUUUACACCUCAGGGCCACACCACCACCAAAAGAGAAAGAUCAAAGCCCAGCAUCAUCCAGUCAGAACCAGAGAGUGUUAGUGAGAUCAGCUACAUGGAGACCUCCACUAUGUCUGGAUAUCGUGAGAGCUUCGGUGGCUUUGAUAUGAGCCUUCAGGAGCUUGAACGCCUUGAGAUGCAGGUGCGUACCGGGAGAUAUAAGGAGCCGUUGACAGGCCAUGCUGGAGCCUCACCAAGAAAAACUUCAGUGGCUGAGACUAGAUUCCAUGACCCUGGGGCCAUUAGUGACAAGACAGCUGAGGUAAUUAUUGCUGCCAGUCCAAAGAUGGACACCACAUGUGUUCCACCACCAGCUCCAUGGGGGUCUGCACCUCCCACUGAGAAGACCAUGCAUCAGGUCCAAGAGUCUCAUCAGCCCAGUAUUGUAGCCCAUCCUCCACAGUCUUCACGUCAGACAACUUACGUUCAACAUUCUCAACUGCCACAUGCUUCUAAUGUUCCCCAUUCUCAGCAGUCUCCCAUUAUUGUGCAACCACCAUACUCUGGCCAUGCAGUACACACACCUCACUCUGUCUCUGUCUCACAAUCUUCACAUUUAAGCCAUGCUGGACAAACACAUCACUGUGUUCAUACAUCACAUGCACCUCAUGGGUCCCAUGCUCCUCACUCAACCCAUGUACCACAUACACCUCAUUCUGUCCAUUUCUCAGAUCUUUCUUAUUCUCGUACUGGGUCAUCCCAUCCCUCACACCUUCACAGUGUUUCUACACCAUUGCAUGGUCAAGUCCUACACACUGCUGUAUCAGUUCCACAGUCCUCUCCCUCUAUUCAUCAUGGGGCACGUACUACCCAGGCUACACACCCAAGUCUUCUUAGUCAUUUUAAACACUCUGGUCAUCCAGGUCGUCCAGUACAUCAUUCACAUGCUACUCAUUCUCCUCGGGAAGUAAGCCAAAUAUAUUGCCACUCAGGGCAUGUAAUGUCAACACAACCAUGUCCAAGUCAUACAUUGCCUUCUACUUCCCCAACACGAGCUACACACACUAUGCACGCAACACAAUUGAUCCAUCAUGUUCAUCAUGACCCUCCUAUUCAGCCAACCCAUGCUGUUCACUCUGUUCCCUCACUCCAGACUAGUCCAUCACGUUACCAAGGUCAAUCAGAACAUCAUGUUAUGCACACUUCUCACCCCAUUUACUCUGUUGAAGGUACCCAGCAUCUUCCUCGCGGCCAAACCACUCAAGGUACCCACCACGAACGUGCGAGUCACUCACAUUAUUCUGGACACCCCUCCCAUGCAACCCAAGCUUCACAAUGUGCUUCACCUGCUCAAGCUGCACAAUCUGCCCGUAUGGUUCAACACUCCCAGCCCACUGUCUGGAGGCACUCUUGGACUGAAGGAGAAGCCAAGGAGCAACGUGUGUGGAUGAAACACGAGAGCGGUGAAGUGCCAGGAGUUGAACGUGAGGACAGGGGAGCACCGGGACAGUGUAGCCAUGAAGGGGUGAGUGCUGGUAUACUAAGACAUGUUUGGGAAGCACAGUCAGAAGGUCGGUCAGAAGACAAUCUGACAACAGGAGAACUAACUUCAUUACUGAAACGUUUUGAACGUCGUACUCCUUCAGAACAAUCCUUACUUGUUGCAGAGAGAGACGAAGAUACUCUAAUUUAAAUAACAACUAACUUGUGUGUGUGUAGUGGAAAUACACUUUCGAUAUUCAAAUCAUUUUACGAAGUAUUACAGUAAUUUAAACAAAAGUUAGUGUGUUUAAAAUUGUGGAAAUAUAAUUUAAGUAUUGAGAUUAUUCAAUGUAUAGAAGUAAUUACCAACAUUUAAAUUUGAUGAAGUUGCUUUUAGUUCACGUGCUAAUAAGGUAUUAUAUUUCACAGAGCACGUAUAUAGGCCUAUACAAACUAUAAAGGCAUAUAUGCCCAUAUAGUAUACCCAUAAUAUGUGUAUACACCCAUAUAGCACGUACUGUAUAUGCCCAUACAUUGUAUAUAUGUGCUAUAUGGACAUGUGCACACUAUAUAUACUGUGGGUCCCUAAAUUAUGAACACUAGCCAAUACAUUUUCUGUGGUUUGGCCAAAAAUUUGAUUUUGCUGAAAAUCGCAGUAUAGGUACAGUACUCCUGAGCAGGCUGAUUCCGAAUCUAUGGUACACAAUUCGAUUGCUGGGCAAUUAGUGGCCGUAAUGAUGCUUUGAAUAUUUUUCAAUGCUAAUUACUCACUAACUAUGGGUUACCAUGGUGUAUUAUAGGUGUUUUUGUGUUAUUCUGGAAGUACUUAAUUAGAUAAAGCCGUUAAAUUCCAAUUCUGAGAGAAAAGUAUUUUUCAGAUUUCAGUUAAAAUAUUUACUUUGAUACAUUUCCAACUUAAGUCAUAAGUAUGUCCUUAGGAACGAAAGUCGUUCAUAUCCUGGGGACCCCUGUACAGUACAGUAAACGUAUAUAUAUAUAUAUCAAGAUUUAUCUUAUCCACGUUUUCAGUAAUAACUUGCUUGUAACCAACGAGUUUUUCCUCUGUGGACGAACUUGUAAUUAUAAUUUGUAUUUGUAUUAGU